AUGCCGGAAGCGCAGCACGACAUCGCGCAGCUCAUCAGGUCUUGCGGGAAUUCCAGAAAUCUCCUGAGGGCACAGGAGCUCCAUCGCCGGAUCCUUGCGGAAAACCCACGCGACAGGUUUCUGGCCAAUUUGGCGAUCGAGAUGUUUGGGCGAUGCGGCAGCCCGGAGGACGCUCGUCGGGUGUUCGAUCGGAUUGAGAGUCCCAAUACGUUCUCCUGGAACAUCAUGAUCUCGGCAUAUGCCCACAAUGGAUACGCCACCGAGGCGGGAGAGUUCUUCGCCCGAAUUCCCCGCCCGGACGUGAUCUCGUGGACGGCCAUGAUGAAUGCAUACGUGGAAGCCGGUGAUCUAGCCCGAGCUAGAGUAAUAUUCGAUCAAAUCCCUGAGAAGAAUCUUGUGUCGUGGAACGCAAUAGUCGCAGCAUAUGCCAUAAACGGGCAUUUGCAAGAUGCUAAGAAACUCUUUGAUAAGAUGCCCGUGAAGACGGUAAACGCGUGCACAGCGAUGGUGGAGGCUUACGGAUCCAACGGCGAGCUACACAAGGCACUCCACGUGUUCGAAUCUGCACCGGACAAGGACACCAUCCUGUGGAACGCAAUGAUCCAGGCAUUCAUCCACAACCAGAAUAUCCCCCAAGCCAGGAGGAUCUUCGAAUCGAUGCCCAGGAGAGAUUCCUCGUCCUGGAACACGAUGCUGGCCGGCUACGCGGGAGCGGGCGAUCUGGGGCAGGCCAAGUGGAUGUUCGAUGCCAAUCCGACCAAGACCGUUGUUUCGUGGACGGCCAUGAUCACGGCGUACGCCUUGCACGGACUCAUGGAAGCCGCCAUAUGCGUGUUCCGCGCGAUGCCGUACAAGGACGUGGUCGCCUGGAAUGCGAUGCUCCAGGCGUUCGCGGACAAUGGGGAUCUCCAAAGCGCGCGGAUGAUCUUCCACCAGAUCGAUCGCCCGGAUCCGGCGUCCUGGAGCGCGAUGAUCGCGGCGUAUGCCCAGCACGGGCAUCUCGACGACGCGCGGCGUGUCUUCGAUUCCAUCCCGGCCAGAUUGCUGCGCCGCAGCGUCGUGCCGUGGAAUGCGAUGCUGGCGGCCAUCGCGCAGCUCGGCACCGCAGCUGCGGCCGUGGAGUUCUUCUCCCAAAUGCCCACCAAGGACGUGGUCUCGCACACGCUCGCCAUCGUCGCGCUCGCGCGCAAUGGCGAUUUAAACGACGCCAGGAGAGUUUUCGAUGCGAUGGAGAGGCGAGAUCUCGUCGCUUGGGCCGCGAUGCUCGCGGGCUACGCUGGAAAUGGGCGAUUGGACGAGGCCGAGGCGCUGUUCCAGAGAAUGCCACAGAGCAGCGUUGGAUCGUGGAGCGCUGUGAUCCACGCGUGUGCGCAAAACGGGCAAGGGGAGGCGGCGCUGGAUUUCUUCCGGAGGAUGGAGCAAAGAGGAGUGGAAGCUGACGCGCUGGCGAUCAUGGGAGUUCUCGCGGCGUGUAGCCAUGUUGGAUCGGUGGAAGAAGCGUGCUACUAUUUCACUUCCAUGGAGAUUGACAGGGAGAUCCUUCCCAAGUUGGAGCACUACCACUGCAUGGUUGACGCGCUGGGACGGUCGGGGAGGAUGAGAGAGGCCGAGGAACUUAUCCACACCAUGCCGUUCCUUCCAACUUCUAUAUCGUGGACGACGCUUCUGGGAGCUUGUAAGAUCCACAAAAACGUCGAGCUUGCCGAGCUUGCUGCGGAGAACGCUCGCCGGCUCCAGCUACAGAACAUUGCGUCCUACGUGCUGCUCUCGAAUUUGAUUGCUGCAUGA